AUGGGGCUUCCCGAUCCCACCGUUGACCUCCAAUGGAGCAGCUACAUCGGCGCCAUCCAUGAGAUAUUCCACAAGAAUGCCCUGAAGCAUCCCGACGCGCCGUGCGUUACCGAAACGGCCUCCUCCACCACGCCCGAGAGGAGAUUCACCUACAGGCAGAUCUAUGAGGCGUCCAACAUCUUGGCCAACCAGCUCCGUGAAGCUGGCAUCGAGAAUGGCGAUGUCGUCAUGAUCUUUGCCUACCGUUCCGUCGAACUCAUCGUCGCCUUCAUGGGAACCCUUGCUGCCGGCGCCACCAUUACCGUUCUGGACCCAGCAUACCCUCCGGCUAGACAGCAGAUCUACCUUGAAGUCUCACAACCAAAGGCUCUGAUUACGAUUGGCAGGGCCAGGGACGAGAAUGGCACUUUCGCGCCGCGUGUCCAGAAAUACAUUGACGAGGAAUUAUCUCUCAAGAUCCGAGUACCUGAGCUACGGAUGAGCGAUGAUGGCCAUCUUACCGGUGGCGAGGUCGACGGCAAGGAAGUCUUUACGAACACUGAAAGCAAGGCAUCAUCGCCUCCAGAUGUUCUCGUGGGACCGGAUUCAACAAGUAUCCUGAGCUUCACCAGUGGCACAACCUCCACACCCAAGGGCGUCUUGGGCAGACAUUACAGCUUGGCCAGGUACUACCCGUGGAUGGCCAAAACUUUCAAUUGGACCUCGGACACAAAGUUUGCUUGUCUCAGUGGUAUAAGCCAUGAUCCUAUCCAGCGAGACAUUUUCACUCCGAUUUUCAUGGGCGGAGAGCUUAUUAUCCCUGCUCGCGAGAACAUUGCCCACGAAAGGUUGGCUGAGUGGUUCCGCGAUCACAAGCCUAAUGCGGUCCACUUGACGCCCGCCAUGGGCCAGAUCUUGUGCGGCGGUGCCAAGGCUGAGUUCCCUUCACUGAAGUGGGUUCUUUAUGUUGGCGAUAUCCUGACCAAGAAGGAUUGCGCUUCGCUCCGCAAGCUGGCGCCUAAUGCGGACAUCUGCGCUGCGUAUGGUACCACCGAGACGAGCCGCAGCGUGUCAUACUACCACAUCAAGAGCCACGCCGAAGACCCGAAAGCAUUGGAUCAGUUCGGCGAUAUUGUUCCUGCCGGACGCGGCAUCGAAAACGUCCAGCUCCUCGUAGUCAACCGGGAGGAUCCAACCAAGCUUUGCGGCGUCGGUGAGAAGACCAAGGAGAAGUUCAUUGACAACUGGUUCGUUGACAAUCAGAAGUGGGUUGAAGCUGAUAACAAGGUUGCCGAUCCCGUCAAGGAACCCUGGAGAAAGUAUUACAAAGGCCCACGAGACAGAAUCUACAGGACUGGCGACUUGGGCUAUUUCUUGGAUGAUUCCGGUAAUUGCGCAAUCACGGGCAGAGCCGAUGAUCAAGUCAAAGUUCGUGGCUUCCGCAUCGAGCUCAAUGAGAUCGAUAGCAACUUGAGAGGACACCAGUUGGUCCGCGAGUGCAAGACGCUGCUUCGAAGAGAUCGGAACGAAGAGCCAACACUGGUCAGCUAUAUUGUGCCUGAAGAACAAGAGUGGAUCAAGUGGCUAGCGGAGCACGACCUUGAAGACACUGAAGAGCAAGGUACCGAGAUCGGACCCGUCACCGUGUUUUCCAAGCGCUUCCGGCCAAUGCAAGCGGAGAUCCGGGAUCACCUCAAGUCUCGAUUGCCAGUUCACGCUGUCCCGACUUAUUUCAUCUUCCUGAAGAAGAUGCCUUUGAACCCCAACGGCAAGAUCGACAGUCCAAACCUGCCGUUCCCGGACGCGGCUUUGAUCUCGGAAGAGGCUUCAGAGGAAGAUCUGAAGAGAUGGGAGGCGCUCAGCAGCACCGAAAAGGAACUGGCAGAGCAGUGGGCAACCUUGGUCAGCGGUUUGAACGCCAAGACCCUGCGGCCUGAGUCUGAUUUCUUUGAGACUGGUGGGCACAGUCUGCUGGCCCAACAGCUUCUCCUAAAUAUUCGCAAGGACAUGGGGGCCAAUGUCACCAUCAGCUCACUGUACUCGAACUCAUCCCUCCGGGCUCUUGCCACACAGAUUGACCGCCAGCGUGAGGGCAAGGACGAUUCGGGCGCGACAGAGGACGGCGAGGCAGCAUAUGCCCAGGCGCUUGACAAGCUGCUCGGUAGCCUUGAUGCCAAGUACCAGACGGCGGACCCUGCGGCACUCUCACCGACAGGCAAGACGACCGUCUUUGUGACUGGCGCCACGGGCUUUCUGGGUUCUUUCAUCGUCAAGGACUUGCUCGAGCGCGAGAAUGUCCACGUCAUUGCUCAUGUUCGUGGAACGAAGGGCGUCGCGGCCGCCCUCGAGCGACUCCAGAAUUCGCUCCGCGGAUACAGCGUAUGGCAGGAUUCUUGGGCCCCCAGGCUCAGUGCAGUCAUUGGUGACCUAGCACAGCCGCGUCUUGGGCUUGAUGACGACACCUGGAAGACGCUCAGCGACACUGUUGAUGUGGUUAUCCACAACGGCGCCCUUGUCCACUGGGUGAAGCAGUAUAAGCACCUCGAGCGCAGCAAUGUUCUAUCAACAAUUGAUGCCCUGCGGCUUUGCAACCAGGGCAAGCCCAAGCUUUUCUCAUUCGUCAGCUCGACAAGCGUUCUGGACACGGAUUACUAUAUCAAGCUGUCCCAAGAGCAGACCAGCACUGGACAAGGCGCUGUCAUGGAAGCAGAUGACUUGAUGGGCAGUCGCACCGGUCUCGGCACCGGAUACGGCCAGACCAAAUGGGUAUCUGAACAGCUCGUCCGCGAAGCUGGCAGACGCGGCCUCCUCGGAUCUGUCGUCCGACCUGGCUAUAUCCUCGGAGACGCUUCCACCGGUGUCUGCAACACCGACGACUUCCUGAUCCGCAUGCUCAAGGGCUGUAUCCAGCUAUCCAGCCGUCCGCACAUCAUCAACACUGUCAACGCCGUGCCUGUAGGCCACGUCUCUACUGUCGUUGUCGCAGCCAGCUUGAACCCCGUCCCGGCCGAAACUGCAACCAGCAACAGCAGCAGCGGCGAUGUCGGCGUUCACGUCAUCCACGUCACUGCCCACCCUCGCCUGCGUAUGAACGAGUACCUCUCCAUUCUGAGCUACUACGGCUACGAUGUUCCCGAGGUGGACUACGACCACUGGAAGGCCCAGCUUGAGACCUUUGUCUCCGCAGGUCCUAUCCAGAAGGACGAGGAACAGAGCGCUCUGAUGCCUCUUUUCCACAUGGCGACAAAUAAUCUCCCCGCAACCACUCGUGCGCCGGAACUGGAUGAUCGCAAUGCUGUUGCUGUCCUCAAGGCCGAUGCAGACCGGUGGACUGGUGUUGAUGAGAGUGCUGGAGAGGGCAUCAGCAGGGAAACUGUUGGCCGCUUCCUGAGGUAUCUCGCCGAAACCCAUUUCCUGCCAUUCCCAACGAGCCGUGGUAGGGAGCUGCCGGCUAUUAAGCCCGGUGUUGUCGAGGCGCAGGCCAAAUGGGGUGUUGGAGGACGUGGUGGUGCAGCGUAA